AUGUAUGGGAAGCAGAAAACGCAAAAAAAUGAACAGAUAUCGGCUGAAUGGCACUAUAUAUCCCAUAAGAGCACAGAUUCCACGCUCACAUUUACGUUUUCAAGUCAAGGAUCGCGAGUUUGGUAUUUAGAUGAUGUAUCUGUCAUUCACACACAGACAUCGUCAGAAAUGUUGAUCAAUGGUGAUUUUGCAAGUAGUUUGAAUAAUGGAUGGACACAAUAUUGCAAUACAAACGAUACUUGUGGGGGUGGUAAAUUUGGUCAGUUAACAACAUCAAAUUGUCAUGGUGGUGUAUCGUGUUUUACAGAUCAUUGUCUAAUGCCAAAUCUUGAUUAUUUAACACAAACGUUUACAACUAUUCCGAAUGAUUUGUAUGUCUUGUCUUUUUGGAUUAGAGUAAUUGUCACGGGUGGUCCAGCUGGACUUGCUGCCUAUGUCUCAUUGUAUUAG